AUGCUCCCAUAUGAAAAUCAAAUGUUUCUGGAUGUAUUACAUGAGGAUGGCCUAGUAAUAUGUGCUAAGGGUCUUGGAUUGGAAAUUGUGUUAUUGAACAUAAUUAAAGUGUUUUGUGACCCUGGUAACUUAGUAUUAGUUGUUGGUUCGUCCGCUCCCGAAGAAGAUUUUUGGAUUACUCAAUUAAAAAAAGAUGGUAUUAAACCAUUACCAAAAAUACUAUCUGCUGACACUUCAAUAGCUGAAAGAGAAAAAAUCUAUCUUCAAGGUGGAGUAUUGUUUGUAUCAUCCAGAAUAUUAGUUGUGGAUCUUUUAAAGCAUAGAAUUCCCACACCUCAAAUAACUGGAUUUUUGGUUUGCAGAGCUCAUAAUAUUUUAGAAUCUUGUCAAGAAGCAUUUGCUCUAAGAUUGUACCGUAUGGAAAACAAAAGUGGAUUUAUUAAAGCUUUUUCAGCCUCGUCACAAACAUUUACUUAUGGAUUCACUAAAAUUGAAAGAAUUAUGAAAACUUUGUUUGUUCCUAAAUUAUAUCUCUGGCCCAGAUUUCACCUUGCUGUUAAGUCAAGUUUAGAUAAAAUAAAUCCUGAAGUUAUAGAGUUACACGUAGAAUUAACUCCUGCAAUGAGAGAAAUCCAAACAUCUUUACUUGAUCUUAUAAAUUAUUCAAUUAAAGAGCUAAAGAGACUUAAUCCUUCGCUUGACACUGAAGAAAUUACGGUUGAAAACAGUUUAUCAAAAUGUUUUCAUAAAAUAUUACAAACCCAAUUAAACCCAAUUUGGCAUAGAUUAAGUAGCACAACUAAGCAAUUGGUGUCUGACCUUAAACUUCUACGGAAUUUAAUGAUAUCCGUGACGUCUUUAGACUCCGUUCGAUUUCAAUCCAUGUUAUCAAAUUAUUAUUCUGUAGAUUACGUACAUCGUAGUUCAGGAUGGUUAUUACUUGAUGCUGCAGAAACAUUAUUUAUUACAGCUAAACGUCGUUUGUUCAAUUCUAAAAAAGAAAUUUGUCCGGAACAUAAUCCCAAAUGGGGAGGAUUGACUGAAAUUUUAAAAGAAAUUGGACAGAGUUCAAAAGAUAAUGGUGAAAUUGUAUUAGUACUUGUACAAUCUGCAAAAACAUGUUGUCAAUUGAAAAAUCUUCUUGUCAAAGGAGCGGACGAUUUACUCUUAAAUUUGUAUAAAACGCAUAUUAAAGAUAAGCCAAUAAUAUCUACGCAAAAAAAUACAACUAAUGAAGAAUCGGAUGUAUAUGAUAAUUUAAACAAUGAGGAAUUGGAUGAAGACAAUUUUAAUAAUUGUUUCACUUUAACUCAAAGUAAAAAUGAGGAUGGAUUGACAUUCACUGAAUGUGCUAAUGAAUCACGGAAUGAAACAUUAAAAGAACCAAUUAUAGUAUUACAACAGUAUAAAAAAGAUGGGGAUUUUUUAUCUCUUCCUCGAACACUAAGAGAGUUACAACCUAAGUAUAUUGUUAUGUAUGAUGCAAAUAUGACAGCAGUUAGACAAAUUGAAGUAUUUCAAAACUCUGAUGCAAAAUUGAAGUUGGUUGUUUAUUUUUUAAUAUUUGGAGGAUCCACUGAAGAACAAGCUUAUUUAACCACUCUUAGAAGAGAAAAAUUACUUUUUGAUUUUCUAAUCAAAGAAAAAGCGGUUAUGGUUAUACCCAAAGGUCAAGAUGGUAAAGAUGAAGAUUGUCCUGAAUUAACUCGUGAUCUGGGUGUUCACCCUUCAGAAAUGUUGGAUGAUGACGAUAAAACAUAUAGACCAGAAGAAAAGAUUGCUAAAAAAGAAAUUCCUAAAGUUAUUGUCGAUAUGCGGGAAUUUAGGUCGGAUUUGCCUGUGUUACUUCAUCGCCGUGGCAUUGACAUAGAACCUGUCACUUUACAAGUUGGUGAUUACAUUUUGACACCAGAAAUGUGUGUAGAACGAAAAAGUAUUGAUGAUUUAAUUGGUUCUUUAAAAUCUGGUAGAUUAUAUCAUCAAGCUUUAAUGAUGUGCCGUCAUUAUACAAAACCAAUAUUACUUAUAGAGUUUGAUCAAAAUAAACCAUUUGAUUUACAGGGAAGAUUUUAUCUUAGCAAAGAUAUGACAACUAGCCAUCGAAAUGACAUAACUUCUAAGUUACAAUUGUUAACUUUGCAUUUUCCAAAACUUCGAUUAGUAUGGUCUCCUAGUCCUUUUGCUACAUCAGAACUAUUUCAAGAACUUAAGGAAGGUAAAAGCCAGCCAGUAUCAUCAGAAGCUGCUGCAGUUGGUUUAGAGGCAGGACAAAAUUUUGAUGAGGAAAUAUACAAUGCCAUUAUUAAGGAUUUUAUGAGUAAACUGCCAGGUGUAACUACUCAAAAUAUACUUAACAUAUUGAAUAAAGGACAGUCGCUUACACAUAUGUUGAAAAUGCCAUUACAAGAAUUAAAAACAAUUGCUGGUAACUCUCAAGAUGCAGAGACUUUGUACAAUUCACUUCAUAAAAAAGUAAAACCAGCCAAUGAACAAUCUACUAGUAAACCUCAAUCGAAUAAAGGUUUUCGAGCAACAAUGAAUAAAAAACGAUUUAAACAUACAAAUCUAAAAUCAAAAUAG